GCAAUGUAAGUCUGGCUGGUUGCCUCAAUCUUUAACUCUCCUAGAACGCUAAGUAAAUGCUCGGGCCUGUCUGAGCAUUGUGGUCCAUUAAGAAGUCAACAGACAGCCAAGACUACAUGAACAAAUUUAGUACAUUUUCUGUUGAGAUUAUCAGUAGUGCACCGAAAAACAAUGAAUAUCUCUGGAUCAAAACAAAUACACAAAAGGAAAAUACUGCGGUUGUUUUCUUGUUUCUCUUGUACCCAAAAUCAAAAGAAACUCAAACAUAAAUCCCAGGACGUGGAAAAAAAACUCUGUAGAGAAAAUAAGGUGUUGAGAGAUGAAAAUAGGGCUCUGAGAAAAGACAACAAAUUUCUCUGGGGCGAAAACAAAGCCUUAGGAAGAGAAAAUAAAACCUUCCGGAUGGACAAUCAGUUCAUCAGGGAAAGAAAUCAUAUCCUAAGGCAGCAGAACCAGCUACUCCGGAAGGUGAAAAGGUUGAUUUCAGAGAACCCAAAACUGUCUGGGGAAGAAUGCAAUGCCUUGAACACAGAAGGAAGGUCUUUUUGGCAACAGAAUCGAGCCAUGGAAGCUCAGAUCACAGCUCUCCGGCAGCAAGAGAAAGCCUUCCAGAAUGAGGCCAAAGCCUUGCAUGAGGAGAUCAAGUCCCUGUGUGAGGAGACCAAGGCUCUACAACACCAAGAGAGGGCUCUCAGGAUGGAAGAGAAAGCCCUGCUGAGGGACGGAGUGGCUGCAGAGCUGGCAGAGGCCCUGACCAAGGAGGGAGCUGCUCUAGAGAUGGAAGAACAGGCUUUGUGGAAGGAAGAGCAGGCUCUCCGGGAGGAGAACAAGGCGCUGAGAGAAGAGCAUGGGGCUCUACAAGACGAGGAAGUUGCCCUGCAGGAAGAGGCGAGAAUCCUCCAGGAGUGGAAUAAUCUUCUUCAGGGGAAGAUCACAAACAACCUCCCAGAGAAUAUGAAUGACCAAGACCUAGAGAAGUGCGAACUAAGAAUGUAACCAUGAAGUCAUGACAAUAAUUGUAAUUCCAGAACAUAAAAGUAGAAUUCGAUCGCGUAAUGUUAUUGUCAAAAGCCUCAGAAAUUGACGUGCUCAAUAUUUGGUCCUUGAAACAAAAUAAAGGCCUGAGAAAUAAA